AUGCAGAGUGCAAACAGGACAGUUGAACAGACCUUGGGUCUCACUAAGAAUGUACCUUUUAUCUUUGGAACUAUAACAGUAUACUUACAAGUCCACAUCAUCACUGACCCGGCAUAUAAAGUGCUAUUGGGCAGACCAUUUGAUGUAUUGACAGAGAGUACUGUACAGAAUUAUAAAGAUGGGGGACAAACUCUUAUCAUAGCGGAUCCUAAUUCAACACAACGAUGUGUGUUGCCUACACAUGAAAGAGGAAGACCACCUGUUGUAAUAAAAGCAGAAAUUCCUAAGCCAUCUGAGGAUUUUUGGUCUUUGAUGAAUUGA